AUGAAAUUGAAAAUAUUGGUCAUUGGUGGAUCUUAUGCUGGUAUUGGAGCAAUUAAGACUUUGCUCAAGCUCACGAGCACUACCCAGGCUACUUCUCUGAAUAAUGGCGUUUCAAAAAUUCCGCCGGUUGGUGACCACAAGUUUGAGAUCACCAUGAUCGAACCAAAAGCCGGUUUCAUAAACAUUAUGUCCAUUCCAAAAAUGGUGGUUGAUAAGGAUUUCUCAUCUAACACAUUUGUGGAUAUCAAGAAUUUUGGGAUUGCUUGGGACGAGGUAUUAUUAUCGGAUAAUUCUGGUUUCCAGGUUUUGGAUACUUCGAAGAAAUUUCACACCGGCCUUGAGGGAGAAACUAUUAUCAAGAACCCAAAUGUCAAAGUGAAAUUUAUCCAAGGCUAUGUCACCAACCUACAGUCUAACAGUGUGAGCUACUCGAGAAAUAAGCUCAUCAAGAAGGAUACCCCACAAGAGUUCAUUACUCCAGUAGACGGCCCGAAGCUCGCCGCUUUCGAUUUCGAUUAUUGUAUUCUUGCCAGUGGUCGUGGUAGAGCUUGGCCAUUAGACCCGGUUGCUUCAAAUAGGGAAGAACUCACUGUCGAGAUGGAUCAAUUCAGUACCAAGAUCACCAAUGCCGAUGAUAUUACUGUCGUUGGUGGUGGUGCUGUGGGUGUUGAAGUUGCCGGCGAAAUUAAAGCCUCUCAUCCGUCCAAAAACGUUACUUUGAUUCAUCCUCAUCCAAAUGUCCCUCCUGAACCAACGCUUUCUAACUCCUAUAAGAGCUCUUUAAUGGAAAAAAUUAAGGAAGUGGGGAUUAAUUUGAGGUUGAACACCCGUAUCAGGGACGAAGUUAUCAAGAAUAAUAAGACAAUAUUGACCACUACUAAUGGUGACGAGAUCACCACAGAUUUAAACAUAUGGUGUAACUAUCACAAGAAUAAUAUCAAGUAUUUGGAAAAUGAUUUGUUCAAGGACUCUCUUAACCAAGAUGAAAUCACAGUUUCUGACUUUCUCCAAGUCAAAACCCCUAAUCAAACAUUUGAACAUAUCUUUGCUGCUGGCGACCUACCUAAGCUUGGGAUCAUUAAGAAAGCUGGUGGGGCAAUGCGUUUGGCAUCAAUAUCGGCUGCCAACUUAUUAGCCAUUGCUUAUGGUGUUGAACCACUGAAAGUUCCUCUUAAAAAUUGGCCAAAUAAGAUGGCCAUUACUAUUGGUUCUAAACAUCUGGUACAGUCUUUGGGGAAUCAAGUUAUCAUUGACAACCCGAAGGUACUUAAGAAUGUGGAGGAUUAUAAGAACACAAAGUGUGCUUCUAAUUUGGGGUUUGAAACUGACCAAUUUUCUAAUAAGUAA